AUGCUCUUAGGCAAUUUAAGUAUUUUGGCUGAAUUUCAUCCAAUUUUGUUAAAACACUUUAAUGGCUUUCCUAUAAUGAAUGUAGCUGUUGAAAUGGCUAAGGAAUUGGAUAAAUUGGCAAAUGGAAAGAGUGAAGAAAAACCUUCAAAAGAAUCUCUAAAUUCACUUCGUGUCAAUAUUUAUCGAUUAGAACGCCUUUGUGAUUCCUGGUUAAAUACUGGACAUUACUCCAAUGUGCCUGAUCGUUUGCGUUUACUUUAUUCUUUUCUGUGUGCACUUUUGGCUAAAUUGGAUUUUUUAUGUGAAGAUUAUAUGCACCGUUUACAUCAGAAUUCUCAACUUCUUUCUCCCUCCAAAACCAACGACGAUUUAACAAAUAUUAACGAAAAUCCUAUAAAUAAAGUAUUUGAAUCUUCCCAAAAUAAUGAAGAAAAAAACAAAACAAAGAAAAUAAUUAAAUUAAAAUUAACAAAAAAAUUUAUUAAAAAAAUUGGACAAUUAUUUGAUGAAGAAGAAGAAAAUGAGGAGGAAGAAAAAGAAAAUGAAUUAUUAAAUAAUGAAAUUGAAAUACCUUUGUGGUUAUGUGAAAUGUUUUAUAAGGCAAUACAUUUUGGGGUUUCUAUUCCUAAUGAGAAAAUAAUUGAGGGGGAAGAAGAAGAAGUUAUUCCAACUAAAACUUAAAAGAAAAAAAUUAUACCAACUAAUAAUAAUGCUUUAAUUAAAUUAUCUGCGUUAACUACUUUAUAUGAGGUUUUCCCUGAUGUUCCUCCUGAAACAAUUAAACAUUUUGCUAAGGAGAAUGGUUAUAAUUUUGAAUUAACUGCAAAUUGUUUAUUAAAUAUUUCUGAAAGUUUUGAUGCAAAAUUGGAUUUAAUUUCAACAGAAGAACAAUUGGAAG